AUUAGGAAUGGGAAGUCAUACGCCCGUCUUCUUUCCCUUUCAUUGGAAAUUUACUGGAUGUCGACUCAAUGUUUAUAGGCCCAUCACCGUCCACGGGCCAGCUCCCUUUCUAAGGUUCGCACAAGGAUUUCACUUAUUAUCACUUUAUAUAAGUGAAACGAUUUCCUUCCCUUAUAUACAUAUAUAUCAAUCCCCAAAAUUCACAAUAUCUGCAAAAAUGGCAUCUCUUCUCCAGCUCCAUUUCAUCUUCCUCAUCGCAUUUCUCCUAAUUCCCCCUGCAAUAUCACACAAUUGCACUUCAUCUCCGGCGCUGAUCUCCGGUAACACGCACUUCGCCGACUGCACCGAUCUCCCUUCUCUGAAAUCGUCUCUCCACUGGACUUACAAUUCAACAAAUUUGACACUUUCAAUCGCUUUCAAUGCUCCUCUGCCUUCUUCUAAUGGGUGGAUUUCAUGGGGAAUUAACCCAAUUCACCCCGGCAUGAUCGGCACAGAGUCGCUAAUCGCAUUCAAAGCUCCAAAUGGAUCCAUGAUUGUUAAUACUUACAAUCUUACUUCCUAUAAAUCAAUUACACAAUCUGAUAAACUUUCGUUUAAAGUGUUGGAUUCUAAAGCAGAGUACUCUAAUGGCGUCAUGCAAAUAUUGGCCACUUUGGCACUACCGUCAAAUAUGACCACGGUGAAUCAAGUGUGGCAAAUUGGACCAGCGGUGAAAGACGGUAAACCAGUGGCGCACAUGUUUGAUCCUGACAAUUUGAAAUCUAAAGGCACAUUAAAUUUGGCUACUUCUUCCAGUGGCGAUGGAAAAAAUUCCACAGCCCCUGCACCCGCUGGUGGCGGUGGACAGAGUGAAAAUAAAACUGGUGGAUCUUCAAGAAUUUGGAGUAACAAUACUAUUUUUUACGUCUUUUUUAUGUUCAUUGGAGUUCUGUUUUUGUAACUUGAAGGAACAAAUUAGCAAUGUUCCAAUUUGAAAUAAUUCAAUAAUUCAUGAAACGA